CAGAUUCAGAGCAUAGUUGAUGAUAUCCUCCGCAUCUGCGCCGAGGCAGAUUCUCCAUGGCGUCUUUCGAUUAUCCUCCGGGAUCUCUGGACGGUAGUAAUUCAACUAGCCCACCAAUUGUAUCCAGACCGUCCAAACCAGAGCACUAUGAUAGAGUCUGUCAAGACACUUCGUGGGCGGGCUGGCGAGAUCAAAAAUGGUUACAAGGUCUUCUGGAAGGAUUUACCUUAUCUAGCAGAUUGUCUGUUUGAGAAUUGGCAUGAUCCGUUAUCCUCGUCCAGGCAUCUAACCCAAAGAAAUAUCACUGAAUGGCAAAACCUGAAUUCCUUUUUCGUUCGACUAACAAGUAAACAUUUUUGCCCGUGGCUUCAACUUCCCAUUUUGGAACUCAGAAACGCGCUCGAGUGCCCGCAGUCUAGAGGGGAGGUGAUGGAAUGUCGGAUUUGGGUCGCAACCGAAUGGAUUAUACGAUGCGGAGAUGUGUUGCUUCACAAACUAACGGGCGAGGAUGUUUUUGGACGCGUGGCCUUGAGUCUCACGACAGGUCCAUUAUGCAGAAACAUCCGCCCAUUAGGCGUCGAGAGAUGGGAAUUUUGGAAGACGAGGUUUCACGAGAUCCGUAAUGACUACCAGAGGCUGGACCUUAGUUUGGCGAUAUAUCUACGGAUGGGAGAUACAUUGCGUAGAAUGUCAGCUGCAGAGAGAGACAAGGCCUUUCUGGACCGUGGUUACCAGUGAGAAUUUCCUAGUUAGGAUACAAGAAGUAGGUCAGUUUUAGUC